CUUUUGUUUUCUUUUGUUUCACCAUUGAAGUAAAAUUCUUUUUUAACUGCAAAUUGAUGUGUACAACUGCCAAACGAAUCGCAGGAUGUCGACGGAAUUCCAGCCGAAACGCAUCAAACUCGAGAUACUGAAAUCCGAUGGCACGCAAAACAACAAGAAGUUUGUGAAGUUGAUGCCUUUCGGGACUCACAAUUCCAAAGGCAAAGAAAUCAAGACUGAAGCCAAGGUCUGCCAAAUUCUCAAUCCGUCCCGGCUUUCAGAUUUGCAUGACCUUGAUGACAGUUCACGAGGAACGUCGAGCAGCGGAGGGCUCAUCACACCGACGCUGACUUUGCGGAAUGUCAGUAUUCAUCAAACGCACCAGCAACAACAACAACUUACACAAAAUAAACAAACGAGUGCGGCAUUUACUACAUUUAUUAAAGGAGAACCAAAGCAUGAUGAACUUCAGUCAUUAUUCGAUAAGGAAAUGCCGCGUUCGCUCGUGAAGCAUGAACCUGCGAAAACCCCCGAUGUGAUAGCACUGUCCGACGACACGGAUAGCGAAGCCACCGAAAAGGAUCUCGAUCCGCAGCGCAAUUUCGACUUUAUCGAGGAAGCCUCCGUCAUGGAUGACGAAAUAAUGGACGACUUCCAGGACUUGUUUCAGCACAACAUGAACGACGAGCAGCACGAAAAAAUCUUUCACGAGCUUCUCAAUGCGACAAGUGCCGUUACGAGUCCGCCGCCGCCGCCGAAGGAUUGUGACAAAAACGAGCCAAUUAACGGACAAAGUACAAAUUUUCUGACCAAUGCGCAGCAUCAGCAGCAACCUACAAGUAACAAUGAAAACAGUGUUGUGACUAACAAUAGUAAUAGUAACGAUAAUCAUCCGCAUAACCAUCAAGAUUUUCUCAUAAAUCCCACGUCUUUCGUGCCAAUUGCGAGUAAAGUGCCCGAUUCGACGCACAAAACGGCUUCUGUGGCAUCCGACGAGCGAAACGAGUCACAACAACCCGUAACGACAGCAGCUACAAGCCCGUCGAUUCACACGACGCACACCGAAGCAUCGCAAUCGACAAAUGCCGACAUCCUAAAUUACCUCAAACGCAUCGAACGACGUCUCGGCAACAUCGAAAAACGUUUAACAAAAAUCGAGGAAGCGCAAAAUUCGCAACAAACGCACGAUUCGGAGUCAAGUGACGCUGAUGAUCUCAUCGACGACGACAUGUUGUUGUCUCUCAAGUUCCCGAUCAAGAAGAAACACAGCUUGGACAUCUUCGAGAACAUCCUAAAAGUCCCCAAAAUGAAACGCAGCUUGGAACUCAAGUUCAAACAGUAUCUCGGCAUGAACGAAAGCGACACCAUCGACAUGAUUCUCGCCGAAAUGAUCGAUCCGCAUGUGCAGGAGAACUUCAAAUGGCGCCAAAGUGACUUGACCCGUUCCUUCGAGAACUACGUUUACAUCAACAAACUCAUCUUCGACUGUGUCAAACACCAUUUUCAGCCAUUCUCGAAUGUCGAAUACAUUCGUCUCAUGUCACUCAUCCUCAAUCGACCGUCGCGCAUCUCCGCAAUCCAAAGAAACUUCGGUCGAACGAAUUUCCAAAAUGUGAAAAACUCAAAAUGCUAAAAAAAUUCACGAAUUUAUUUUUUUUUUUUGCACUAAUUUAUUGUCGAGGACAAAAUUUCAUAGAAAUGUAAGCAUUCCUUUUUCGUUUUUCAUGAACAAUCAAGCCAAAAAUCUGAUGAAAUUGUUCAAAAAAAAUUAUGAGUGAAAGAAAGUCGUAAUUACCUAACUUAGAAGUGAUUGAAAAAAAACAUCAACAUAAAUGUGAAUUAGAAUUAAUUCUAAAAUUAAUUUGUUAACAACUUGUAACAAGCUAAAAAUAUUAAAAACAAAGCAGCGAUC